GGCGCGGCGGCGGCGGCGGCGGCGAGGACAGAGGCGGGCACAUCUCCGCGAGCGGUUGCAACGCGCCAACCUGGUCCCGGCCCGAGCCCUCGGCGUCCUCACCCCGCGCGGCGAUCGCACCUCUGGCGAGCAUGGGCGCGUGCACCUCGGGCGGGCCGGAGACCCGGGCCAGGCUCCUGCUGCUGCUCCUGCUGCUGGGGCUGCUGGCUCCGGGCGCGCGGAGCGCGCGGGGCCGCGGCGGCACGGAGAAGAACAGCUACCGCCGCGCGGCCAACACCUUCUCGCAGAGCGUCAGCAGCCUCUUCGGCGAGGACAACGUGCGCGCCGCCCAGAAGUUCCUGGGCAGGCUGACCGAGCGGUUCGUGCUGGGUGUGGAUCUGUUCUUGGAGGCUGUGUGGAAGGUGUGGACAGAGCUCUUGGACGUCCUUGGCCUUGACGUGUCCAACCUGCUGCAGUAUCUGAGCCCCGCCGCGGUGUCCAGCAGCCCGGCACGGGCGCUGCUGCUGGUCGGCGUCGUCCUCCUGGCCUACUGGUUCCUGUCCCUGACCCUGGGCUUCACCUUCAGUUUCCUGCACCUGGUGUUCGGCCGCUUCUUCUGGGUGGUGCGCGUGGUGCUCUUCUCCAUGUCCUGCAUGUACAUUCUGCACAAAUACGAGGGCGAGCCGGAGAGCGCCGUGGUGCCCCUGUGCCUGGUGGUCGCCAUCUACUUCAUGACGGGACCCAUGGGCUUCUACUGGCGCAGCAGCAGCCCCGGUGCACCCAGCAACCCUAACGUGGAGGAGAAGCUCGAGCACCUGGAGACCCAGGUCCGGCUGCUCAACAUCCGCCUCAACAGGGUGCUGGAGACCUUGGACCGCCCCAAGGACAAAUGAAGGUCAGCCAGCCGGCUGGAGCCACCCGCACCCACACGCGCGCCCAGAAAGCAGAAGAAAAAGAAGAAGCCGCCAACGCCAAACCCCAAGCGAUCUUAAUAAACAGCAGCCAGUGAGCCGGGCGCCUGGUGAGGGUGUUUCCAGCCGCGCGGGACCCGCAGCACCCACCCACCCUCCCUCGGGACUCCGCGCUGGCGGCGCAGUACCGCGCCACGCCACCAGGGGGCGGCCCUGGGCGGAAUAUUUUUUAAAGACUACAACUGUUUAUGGGCUGUACAGUCAGAGUUUAUCUGUGCAUAGAACAUAAAAAGUUAAUUUUUCAAACAUUUAAGUACACCUUUUGUAAGGUUUUUAAAUAAAGGCAGAUGGGGUCGGGUUGAUUAGAGUUUUCCGUCGGGGACGAGCACACUGGUGGGCGCACUGAGGAAAGCCAGGUGGCGGGGUUGGGCCCGCGUGGCCAGGCUGUGGCUCGGUGGAGACUCAGUGAGUGAAUGCUGGCACCGCUAGGCGUGGACGGUUGGUGCAGGGUGUGGUGGCGCAGGCCUGUGGUCCCAGCACUGGGGAGGCUGAGGCAGGAGGAUCACCUGAGUUCAGGGUCAGCCCGAAUGCCAGCAAGACCCUGGCUGAAAAAACAAAGGAAAUUAAAAAAUAAAGUGGACCGCUGGGCUUGGGAGGCGCAGCCAGUCUCUUGGACCCUAGAGUCCUCCGAGCCCUGGCCACUGUGGUUUGGUGUAGGGUUUGUUCUGGCUUGGGGCUUUGGCUCUCUUUGCUUUAUUUUACCGUACUGGGGUUGAAGCCAGGCCCUUCCCACCGGGCCGCUUCCCCAGUCCCUUGGGUUUUUAUUUUGAGGCAGAGUCUUGCUAGGUUGCCCAGGACUGGGCUUGAAUUUGAGAUACCCCCCCCCCUCAGCCUCCCAGGGUGCUGAGACUAAGGCCUUUGCCUUGCCCCUGGCUUGCUUUGGCGUAUUUUAACCUUGGCAUUUCCAGGAGGCACGUGCAGGGGCAGGACUGAGCUGUGUCUUGGGGUUUGGUGCCAAGAGCUGCCAGGGUCAGCCUUAGGUAGGUCACUGAGGAAUUGAGCUGGGGUCCAGCUUCAGUGAUUGCCAGCCAGGCCAGCCAGGGUGGGAAAGCCGGACCCUGGAGGGUUUGAGUGUGUGUUUCCUCUUGUUUGCUGGGGUUUUGAGGCAGGGUCUCACUGGGUGGCCCAGGCUGGCUUUGAGUGCUCAGCAAUCCCCCUGCCUCAGCCUCCUGAGGGCUGGGAUCACAGGGCUGUGCUACCAGGCCCGGCUGUUUUUUCCAUUUUGUUAGUUGACCUAGGACCACAAAGCAGGCAGCUGGUCCCACCUGCAAACCCAUUGCUGGGUGUGGUGGCCCAUGCCCGUGACCCCGGCUUUUAGGAGGCUGAAGCAGGAAGUGCUGCUUCCACAACUGUCCUUGGGGGCAGCAAGCCGAGGAGGAGGCUGCGUGGUCGUGGGCUUUCUACAGAGGCUCCGGCGGGUGCUGGUCGUCUGAUAGCGAGUCAGGGUGGGAGGGACCCGUUGGGGGGCCCAGCUUCUCCAGGGCCAGGUGCUGAGGGCUGCCGCGGUGUGCGGCCCCAGGCCACUGCCAGUCAGGACCCUGUGUGUCCCUCUGUCAGGACCAGCCGUGGGUUCCUCCUCUGCUGGCCUGGGGGGACUCUGUAGCCAGCGCCCCCGAGUGGUGUGGUUUGAAGCUGUCUUUGGCUGCAGCAGUGGGGAGCAGGGGGAGGUUGGGGGCUGCUCACUUCAGGAGCUUCCAUUUUUAGGGUGUCCAUGGGGGACUCUAAUAAGAGAUUUCCAGAUUGGACCCACUGUGGGUUCUGUGUGACAGGUGAAUCUUGUUUGUUUGAGUCAGGGUCUCACUAUGCCAUUCAGGCUGGCCGAGAACUCACUCUGUAGCCCAGGUUGGCCUCAAUCUCGAAGGAAUCCUCCUGUCUCAGCCUCCCAAGUGCUGGGAUUGCAGGUGGGCACACCAUGCCCCAGCAAGAUGCCUUCAUUGUAAGUAGCACUUCAGGAUGGAACACUGUUUGAAGUUCUGGUGGAAAUCCCAGAUUCUGGGUUCAAAUGUUUUUCUGAAUGGUUUUUAAUGUGUAUGUUUCACUGAACCCUGAAUAGUGAAGGAUUCUGUCUUCUCUCAUUCCACAGAAGCUCGUAGGUAUCUGGCCUACCCCAUCUCUUUCUUUGUUAUUUUGUACGUGGAAAAAUGUAUUUUUGUACCAUAGCCCACCUUGAAGAGCACCCUUUUCUGUCUUCAGGGCUGUAUAAUAUUUCAGUGUAAAUUAUUUACCUCCUGAGGGUGACAUUGUGACACUCGGGGCCAGCUCCUGCAACUAGUUAAGGACCAGUUUUUAACAUCUCUUACUCAGUGUUAAAGUCCAGUGUUUUUGUCUCCGGGUCUACACUCCUUCCACCAACUGCCGGAAACAGCCCGAAUAGGCCAGACACUUCCAGGCUGCCCAUGGUGCCCUUGGCAUCCAGAGGCCCCCGGGCCCUCUCUGUGGUCUGCAUGGGGCUCAGGCUGCAGGGUGGGUGCUGGGGACCAGGAGGAAAGAGGAGGUGGCCGAGGGGAUGGGACGGGGGUCACUGGGUCCUGCCCCCCUCCGGGACUUGUGUUCAGCUUGCACAGGGCCAGCGGGGGUCUAAGGACACAGGUGACACCGUACGCGUCCCUGCCCCAGUCCUGCCACCCCAGCUGAUGGGUGACAGCUGCCUCGGGUGACACACAGGGACUUCUGGGGGGUUGGAGUCUGCUGACAACUCGGAAGCCAGCUUCUGCACCCCAGCCUCUCUCUUGCAGCCAGGGUCUCCCCGCUGAGCUCCACCCCCAGCCCUUUUUAGCUUCUCAUUUUGAGACACUCGGGUCUGGCCGAGUGUCCCCGUCCCAGGCGUCGCCUGGUACCCUCCUGCCUCAGCCUCCCAAGUGCUGGGAUCACCGGUGAGCACCGGCCCCGCCAUCCCUUUAAGGCUGGGGUUUGAAGCCCAGAGGCGGAGCCCAGCUCUGCACCCCGUGUCCCUGCUGCCCUGCUGUGGACUAAGCGGGAGGACUCAGGCCCCAGGUGGGACCCGAGCGACACGGGCUGAGUCAUGCGCAAAGCUCCCCUACGCGUGUCCGUCCCCGAUACCAGCAGUGUGUCCCCGACUCGGCCCUUAUUUUGUGUCUAGUUAUAAAUUUUAUAUAGCGGUAGAUUUGACACAAUCUAAAGCCAUUGUGCGUAGUGGGGUGCGUGCGUGCGUGUGUGUGCGUGCGUGCGUGUGCGUGCACUUUAGCCCCGAGCGCCUAGGGAAACUGGUCCCACAAAUACAUAGAUAUAAAUGUAUCGGGCUUAUUUUUUUUUGCAAAGUGAUAUAUACAUUCCUCCUAUUUAUUAAAUCACUGGCUUUGGUGUUCUGUAGAGAAGUUUGUAGAUUGACUUCAGAACAGAAUUAAACUAUUGUGAGAUUAUCGCUUAAUAAAUGUUUAUUGUAA